AUGUCAUCAAAUAAAGAAUUAAAUUUAGAAGAACAAUACGAAGAGUUAUUUAAAAUUGUAAAAAAGAAAUGUAAAACUUUAAUACCAAAUAUUUCAGCCAAAGGAUAUUUUAUAAAUGAAUUAUCAACAUUAGCUAAAACUCAAAAAGAAAAAGUCCAAUUAAAGCAAGCCUUAGAUGAAAAGUUUCAAAGUAUUGAAAGUGGAAAAUACUGUUACACAUGUUUUACAUCAAAGAAUGAUAUUAUAAUGACCAAUAAAUUCACAAAAUACGCUUUAUUUAAUCAAUUCGAUUGCACUGACAACUCAUUAACAAUUCAAUCAGUUAAACCAGUUUGUGACAAAUGUUUUAAAUUAUUAGAUUUUAAAUAUGUUUUUGAAAAAAUAUCACAAUAUCAAAUCGAAAGAUAUAACAGCAACAAUAACAACAACAACACCAUAGGAGACGACGAAGACGAAUGCAUCACUUUAAUUAGACAUUUUGCCCUUUUAAAUAAAAUAGAUAUUUUACAACCAGAUUGGAAAGAAAGAGUUCAAGAAAUUUUUACAAUUUUAUUUUCAUUAUAUAAUAUAAUAAAUAAUUUACCAUCAGUUUCAAUUAAAGUAGGAGGCGAUUCAAAGAAUUUAUUUAAAUAUAACACUUCUCUUGAAGUUUUAAAACAAUUAUAA